GAUCUCAUCUCUCCUUCCUUCUCUCUCUUCUCUUACUUGGAUAUCAGACUACCCUGCGCAGAGAAGGAACCACAAAAAAACCUUGGAAUUGGAUGCCACUGUUUCUUGCACAUUCAGCCUGAUUUGAGAUCUCUAUCGGGCCCAAUUGUAGUCUAAUCCUUCAAAGCACCUUACCAAGCAAAGAUCAGAGGGAUCGGGCUCAAACCCAUUAAGAGUUUCAAGGGGAAGUGAACACGUGCGGAGAGAAGGAAUCAGAAACGCCUAGGCCCUUGAAAUGGUCAUUGGAUGGUGCUGUAAAAAAGGGUUUUUUGGUAGAAUUUUACACGCGUGAGUGAGAGGCUCUGACUCUCACAAAAACAGACUGCCAUAUCACCUCAAUAGUAGUUCCUACUCCAACUAUCCCCUCCUGUCUUGCUUGGUUUUGUUUUUUCAAAUUCAAAACCCAGGGCCAGACCAGGCCAAGCACCUGCCGAAGGGUUCACUUGUAACUGGGUCUUAAGUUAAUCCCUCAACAAAAACAGACAGUAAAGGGCUCAAAGGAAACGCCCUUUUUUUUCUUAAUUUUGUGGCUAACCCAGAAAGCAGGGGAUGGAUGAACCAGAGAAGAUGACUGUUAGUGGUAGUGAGGCUCAGAUGGAUGAUUCCAAACCAGUUAUGGAAGCAGCUGAAGCUGAAGCUCAAGCCCCAAUGGACACGGAAACAGAAGCUGCUGAAGUGAAAGACCAAGUUCAAGUUGAAGAACCUACCAAACUUGAAGAGGAUGGGAAAUUGCAGGCUCAGCCGGUUGGUGACAACCCAGAUUCAGUGGAAGAACAAGCCAUUGCCGACCAAACCCAUGAAGACACUAUCAAAACUCCCAAUGUUGUUGAUGCUGAUGGUCAAAAUGAGGAAAAUUUGAAAUCUGAAGAGAAUGAUGAUGCUGAAUUUAAGGAUGUUGAGGACAAAGCUUUGGCUGAAGCUGUUAACAAAAUGGAAGUUGUUGAAGAUGAUGAUGCCCCCAUUCAUUCACAUGACAACGGACUUUGCGGAAGCCCCAACUCUGACAUAAAAAUCCAAGAUGAUGACAAUGACGUUGACAAUGGGGAGCAAUUGAAGGAUUUGACUACAGAAAGGGAGAUUAAGAAGCAAGUGGUAAUACCAGAACUUGGUGAAAAAAACCCUAACCUAUGCUUUGACAACUCAGGGUCAGACACGGAAGAGGAGCAAGCAGCUUUUGUGAAGGAGGUUGAAGCUUUUUACAAGGAGAAGAACCUUGAAUUCAAGCACCCUAAGUUUUACAAAGAGGAUUUAAAUUUGCUCAAGUUAUGGAGAGCUGUAAUCAAAUUGGGGGGCUAUGAACAGGUGACCUCAUGCAAAUUGUGGAGGCAAGUGGGUGAAUCAUUUAAUCCUCCAAAGACCUGCACUACUGUAUCGUGGACUUUCCGUAUCUUUUAUGAGAAGGCACUACUUGAGUAUGAAAAGCAUAAGAUACACGGUGGCGAGCUCUCUCAUCCUGAUGCUUCCUUUAUAGAGCCUAAUGGGGUUGAAAGUCAGGCUGGUAGUAAUCAAGCUCCUGGGUCAGGUAGGGCAAAAAGGGAUGCUGCUACUCGGGCCAUGCGGAGCUGGCAUUCUCAGCGUGUUCUCGAUAACGGUGAGGUCUGUCAUCCAAUAAUCAAGGACAAGAGCUCUAGUCCUGCAGCCAAAAGUGACAGACAACUUAAAAAUUUUGGUUUAUUAAAGCGUAAAAAGCCAUCCAGUCUAGAGCACAGUGUCCGAGUUGCUCCACUUAAGGGAGCAAAACCACAGUUGGAUUCAAUGGUUAUCGAUAUUGGACCCCCAGCUGAUUGGGUGAAGAUUAAUGUGCAUAAAACUAUUGAUUGCUAUGAGGUAUAUGCUUUGGUUCCUGGGCUUCUGCGUGAGGAGGUGCAUGUUCAGUCUGAUCCAGCUGGACGCUUGGUUAUAUCUGGUCAACCAAAGCAACUGGAUAAUCCUUGGGGUGUUACACCAUUUAAAAAGGUUGUCAGCCUGCCUUCUAGAAUUGAUCCGCAUCAGACUUCUGCUGUGGUUACCCUGCAUGGUCAGUUGUUUGUGCGUGUCCCAUUUGAGCUGCCUGAUGUAUAGGUUGUAAUUUUUACCUUUUCAUAUAUAGAGAUUUCUCUAGUUUGUUUCAAGAACAUGGAAAAAAAAAGAAAUCAAUCUGACAUAAUUCUGCAAUGCACAUAGUUCUUGAUUAGUUUAUGAUCACAGCUAAUGCACAAGCCAAUCUCCAGUAUUUUGCAUUGUUUAGCGGCAGGAAGAGGAUGAUUUAUCAGGUUUGAGAACUGAAUGACCUUCAAUUGGCUGAAUUAAUCUGGAAAAGAAAGUGAAGUAUUGAAUUAUGUAUAAAUGACUGGAGAUUGGAUUGUGUUUGUUGCAUGACCAGAUGGACAAUAACAAUGGCAAGGGAAAUGGCGUCAUUCAUGAUCUUUAAAAUGUUCUGUAUAGGUUCAUUUGAUUUAACAUUGAAAAUUUGACGUUGGAUA